AUGGCCCUGAUGUACGCCAAUGCGCACAUGUACGUUUAUGAAGAACAAUAUAUCUUGUUUAAAUUUGGCCAUCACAUCCAAGGAUAUUUUAGGUACAUAGAUGACCUCUUGAUCUUCUGCAAUGGGAGUGUAUCAGAGGCUACCCAAAUGGUUAAUUAUCUCAACUCAUUGAAAGAACCGAUUAAAUUAAGAGCAAAUAUCAACACCACAAUGGUUCAAUACCUGGACCUAGAGAUUUCAAUAAAAGACCAACAAAUAUCCCACUGUUUAUUCACCAAACUGACUGACCGCAAUGCCAUCUUACAUUAUGAUAGCGCACAUCCAAUGGCACUCAAAAAAUCAUUACCGAGAGCCCAAUACUUAAGGGUUCUACAAGAGAUCAUGAAGAAGCUGACUGGAAAAUUCCUGGCAAGGGGCUACAUAGAAUUUGAAAAAACUAAUAGACAAACCUUAGAAGAUGAGAUUAAAAGCAUGGAAAACCAGGAAGACAUAGUUAGAGAGAGAGAGCAAACUAUUAAUGAAAAUAUAAAAAAUUUAGAGGAUCAAAUAGCUCAUGUUAAAAAUAAAAAGAAAUUGAGAGAUAGAGACGAUAAACUUAAAAAUACUUUCUCCACUGUUAACAAGAUGAAAAAUAGAUCCAAUUAUAGAAAAUUUGGGGAGAAUAGAGAUUAUGGACGAAAAAUUGGCUUAGAACAUAUUCGCCAUAAUAACAAAUAUGGAAAUGAUUCUAGAGGAAGGAAAUAUUUUUACACUAAACCUUCUAACACUUGGGGUAAUAAUGAGAAUAAACCUUUAAACAGAAAGGAACGAUUUGUAUCACCAAAGCGUAAUAGCAAUAGAGGAGAAAGGGGACAGUCUCCACCCUUCUUUCAUACCAAAGAUAGAAUGGGAAAAGCUUUAGGAAAUUCCCCCGUCCAGAAACCUGGCAUUUCCACACAGAGACCCAGCACCUCUACUUACCAGAGAACAUAUGCAGAAAUGGCCAGUUCUGGUCGGGAGAAUUUUCAAGAGAGAGAAGAACGUUUUUUAGAGAGGGAGCUAGACCAAAAAGAAAGGCGAAUAACCCAGUUUUUCAAACCCCGCAACAACCAGUGGGAAAACAGAUUUUCCCCACUGGAAAGUCCUAUGGAAACUCCACCCAAAAGAAAGAAAGCAGAGGAAAACUUCCGAAGGGAGGAAAAUCCAAAAAGGAAUUAG